AUGGUGAGUACGCAUGCGUUUCUUCUGGUAUUUGUGAUGGCUGCUCUGGCGGUGCUCGGUCUGUUGCUGCUAAGUCUAAGUGCUGCUGUUGGAUACAAGACUUUAAGGCCGUGGGCGUUCGUACAAGCAUGGGCAGCAGCUUGUGCUGAUACCAGUUCACCGGUGAUUCUCGUCCCUUCAGGGAAGACGUUCUUGAUAGGUGAAAUAACACUGUCGGGCCCCUGCAAAUCCAGCAUUGAUUUUCGGCUACAAGGGGACAUUGUGGCACCAAAUUCGAAGUGGACGAACGAUAAGGCAAGCUUGUUGACCUUCACGUACGUGAACCGUCUGAUCGUGCACGGCUACGGGCAGAUCGAUGGCAGAGGCCAACUUUGGUGGGACCUCUUCAACAAAAAGACCUUAACCUUCCAUCACUGCAACGAUCUUUAUGUGAAAGGAAUAACGAUAAAGAACGGCCCCGAUAAGCAUAUGACCUUCUUCAAAUGCGUCGGCGUGACGAUUAGCUGGGUCAAGAUAACAGCGCCGGGCGACAGCCCCAACACAGACGGGAUGUUCUUCUCCGGAUGCCAGAACGUCGACGUCUCCGGCUCAAUUAUCGGAACAGGAGAUGAUUGCGUAGCUAUCGGCCCCGACUGCUCAAAGAUCAACAUCAACCGCGUCCGUUGCGGCCCUGGCCAUGGCUUCAGGUACUUCAUUGCUAUGCUCAUCAAGAAGAAGAGCCUCUACUAUUCUGCUAGCUAG